CGAGGCGUUGGUGCGAGGAGGCGCCACCAUCUUUGAGCGGCUAGGCUCUUACCUCCGUUGGCGGCCGCAGGAGGUAGGGAGGUAGGUGGGGUGCGCCGCGUCGUGCCGCCUCCGGUCCCCGGCCGUGCCUCCCUCUCCCGUCCCUCCGCGGGCCCACGAUGCCGCAGUACCAGACCUGGGAGGAGUUCAGUCGCGCGGCCGAGAAACUCUACCUCGCUGACCCUAUGAAGGCACGUGUGGUUCUCAAAUAUAGGCAUUCUGAUGGGAGUUUGUGUAUUAAAGUAACAGAUGAUUUAGUUUGUUUGGUGUAUAGAACAGACCAAGCUCAAGAUGUAAAGAAGAUCGAAAAAUUCCACAGUCAACUAAUGCGACUUAUGGUGGCCAAGGAAUCCCGCAGUGUUGCCAUGGAAACGGACUGAAUGGUUUGAAGUGAAGACUGUUUGUCAUGUUCUUAGGAAGUAAAUAUCUUUUGAAUUUGAGAAAGUAUUGGGACAGAAAAUACUUUAUGUAACUAAGUGGGCUGUUCAGAAGCCAAGAGAUCUUUUUUUUGUACUUUUUUUUUAAUGUUUACUUUAGAGAGCUAGGAAUGUAAAUGCUUUCUGUUAGAAAGCCUUUAUUUAUUUUUGAAAAUUGAACAAGAAAUGCAUCUAUCUUGGAAAUUUUUUGCAGAUUAUUUGAUGUUGGGCAAAAUAAGUAAUUAUCCUCUGGUAAGUUUGGAUCAGCAGUUUGAAAAUGAGAUAUCAAGAAAAGCUAAUUCUUCCUUAAAUUUAGUUAAUGUGUCUUUAAAAGAAAAUUAAAUGUAACCAUUUUGCUGGAUUGAUAUAUUUCUUUUGGAGCAUAGAUUUUGUGCUGUUGAUGACCAGCAAAUAUAAAAUAUGAUAACUGGAAUUAACUGCACAGCAGUAUACCUGGUGAUACAUACGAGUGUAGUUUCAACUAUAUCUAAAAGUAAGUAUGAAAACAAGUAUGCUUUACCUUAAACUUUACAAAUUUAAACUAUAUUUUUAAAUACAAGAGAUUCAUAGUAUCAACUUGUUGAGCAAAGACUUACUUUGAAUCUAGUUUUCAGUGCUCAGAAAUAUCUGCAGUUAUUUUAAAUGCAUGAAGAGAAUGAUCACUAAUGGACUGAAACCACCGUAUUACAGAAAUAUUUGCCAAUUAUUUGCCACCUAUAUUUCCUCAAAAGGGCUACGGACUAUCUGAACUGUUAAAUCUUUGAAUACCUCUGACACCCCUGCCCAGUUCUCUCUUUACUUAACCAAGGUGUUAAGCAUGACUGUCACAACUGUUAUGUUUUCCAUUAAAUCAGAAGUAUAUUACUUGAUACUUAUCUUAUAUUUGUAACCUGAAUUUUACCACCUAAAUGUUCACAUUUGAUUUCUAUAUUAGAAUAUUUUUUGUUAGGAAUUCGUUGUGUUGACCAGUGUUUUAAUGGGGAAAGUUCCAUUAGCCAUAUAAAUUUUGGUGUGUUUCAGAGAGGUCAGCAAAUAAACUAUCAUAUGAGUAUAUAUUGUUUCUCUUGAAGUUUUUAACUUUUCAAAAAUUACUCAUUUCUUGACUGGAAUAUACUAGAUUCAUUUAGACUAAAGUGAGCCUAGUGAUGCUAUACAUAAGUUUUAUUUGUUUUGUUUCUUCAUACUUGAGUUACACAACUUUCUCUGAACUGUAUGUUGAUGGCAAGGUUGCUUUCUUGAUUAAGAAAAGUAGUGUAGGGUUUCAAAUAUCUAGGGGCUUUGGGGCUUUGGGUGCUUUUGUUUCAUUAUAGGAUCACUGGAGGGUUUUUUGGCCUUUUUCUUAUUUACAUCUUCCUCUUUUUAACACUACUUUAUGUAGAUAACUUGGAAAGGGGGGAGCUUACAUUUGAGUUGUUUGAGUCCUUGUAGCUUAUAAUGGUGUUUAAGAGCAGAGGUUCUAAGGCAGACUGCCUGGUUUGCAAUAUUAGCUCCACUACUUCCUAAUUCUGUGGUCUUUGAGAGGGUACUUCUCUAAGCCUCCACUUUUCUGGAAAUUGGGCUGACAAUAGUACUUACAGGGUUUUGUGAGGAUUAAAUGGCAUAAUCCACUUUAAGCCCUUAGUGCAGUACCUGGAACAUAGUAAAGCUCAAUCAAUGGUAGCUAUUAUUAUUGCUAUUAAUUGUUAUUAUUUUUCAGAGGGACAGAUACAAGUAGCCAACUCUUAAGAUUUCUCAUAAUUUUAAUAGAAUGAUUAUACAUAAGUAACAUCUGCCUUUUCUGCCGAGCUAUAUCUAUUAUCAAAUUGCCAUUUUUGGCCGAUGGGAAGCAAAGCAAGAUUGCUCCCAUGGAGAGUGUUCUUAUGUGGGGGAAACUGAAAUCCUUAAAUCUAAAACAUGUUUAUUUGUAUCUGCACAAAAUAAAAUUAUAAAGAGAA